UUCUCAGUCCUAUGCUCAGAGACCAAAAAUGGAGCUCAGUGGCUUUACAACCUCCCCAAAUUGUCUUCAAUUCAAGGCUUCUCUUCUCUGUCCUUCUUCCCCAUCUCUUCCUCUCAACACUUUUCUUCUAUCCACAAACAGAGUCUUCACUUGUCACAAACUAUCAUCUUCUUCCCACCAAUUCUCCGUUUCCCAAUCCCAAUCUUCAAGAGCUUCGAACUUCUCCCUAUCUGCAGCAUCAUCUGCCACUUUCAACACCGUGCAAGACCAACUUCCGGCGGAUAUCGAUGUUGCAGAAACCCUAGAAUCCAAUUCCAGAGUUAAAUUGACAGUAGAAGUUCCACCUGCAGUUUGUGAGGAUUGUUACAAAAAGGUCUUAAGUGAGUUUAUGAAGAAGGCAAAGGUCCCUGGAUUUCGUGCAGGAAAGAAAGUUCCAGAAUAUAUCCUAAUAGAUUAUGUAGGAAAGAAGAAUGUUCAGAAGGCUACAAUUGAAUCUAUUUUGAAGAGGACCCUUCCUCAUGCCAUGCCUUCAGUGACUGGAAGGGCUUUAAAAGACUCCAUCCGCAUUGUAACCAAAUUCUCUGACAUGGAGAAAACCUAUUCAUCUCUAAACUCUCUGAGAUAUGAUGUCAUUGUAGAUGUGGCACCUGAGGUUAAAUGGAUUCCAGAGGAUGGAUACAAGAAUUUGAAUAUUAUCGUUGAGAUAGACAGUGAAAUAGAUGCUCACAAAGCUUCUGAACAAGAAUUAAGACGUCGUUACAAGUCUCUAGGUUUGCUCAGAAUUGUAACUGACAGAGGCCUACAGAUUGGUGAUGUUGUAGUUCUUGAUAUAUCAGCAACAACAAUUGAUAAAGAUGAAUCAAAUGUUCAAAAGAUUCCUUCUGCAGAAAGUAAAGGUUUUCAAUUUGAUACGGAGGAUGGAGAUAAAAUCCUCCCUGGUUUCCUGGAUUCAAUAAUCGGAAUUCGACCGGGUGAAACAAAGUCUUUCCCUUUUGUUUUUCCUGAAUCGUGGAAGCAAGAAAAUCUUCGUGGUGUUCAUGCUCAAUUUAGUAUUGAAUGUAAGGAACUAUUUUAUCGAGAUCUCCCAGAGUUGGAUGAUUCCAUUGCUGAUAAGCUUCUUCCUGGAUGCACUACCCUUGAGCAGGUCAAGGAAUCAUUACUACAGAAGUUUCUAGAAGUGGAGCAAAUGGCAAAAGAACAAGCUACAGAUAAUGCAAUUCUGGACCAGCUCAGGAAGAUGAUUGAAGUUGAUAUUCCUCAAUCCCUAUUUGAGGAACAAGGUAGGCAGCUUUACGGUGCCAAGCUUCUACAAAUGCAGGCAAAUAUGAAACUGAAUGAACAACAGUUGGCAUCGCUAUCAAGUCCAAAAGCCGUAAACACUUACCUGGAAAACCAGAAGGAGAAUAUAACAAAUGUAAUCAAGCAAAAUCUGGCAGUUGGAGACAUAUUUAAACGUGAAAAUUUGCAGUUUUCAACUGAGGAGCUGAUGAAGGAGGUCGAGAACUCCAUAGCUGAAUUCAAACGUCAUAAACAAGACUAUGACGAGGAACGUGUGAGCGAACAGGUGCAAGAGAUACUAGAGGGAGCAAAAGUACUAGAAUGGCUGAAAGAACACGCGAAGAUCGAGUAUGCAACUCGAUGAUACACGAAAAGAGAUGAGAGUUCACAUUCCUUGCAGAAACUAGGAUAGGAAAUUUUUGGAAACAGCUCUGUUCCCCGUUGAGGUUCGUUCUCCUCGGCAAGAAAAACAAUUACUAUGAUCGAUCAUGUCUGUCUUAGGUAAGGGAUCACAUUUCUUGUAGAAGAAAAUCCAGUAAUUUAUGACUUAAAAAGAGUUUUAGGGAUUACUUGUGUUGUUAGUAGUUUUUGCUGUGUAAUUUAAACAAGGUGACAUGGAUUCAAUAUGAAGCAUGCAGUUGAUGUUGAUCUUCAUAUCCUCCUCAGCUUUAAUGAAUCAUUUCCUCCUUGAACCAACAGAA